AGAAGUGGGUCUGUGACUUUGUGGCGCGAGCAAUAUUUAAAGGAACGCUUUAGUGGUGGAGAGACUUGUAGAAGUAGUGGGAGAUUAUCUGGUUUGUUGAAGACUGGAAUUUUGUUUUUGCAUUCUUCCUGCGAUAAUUUGGUAAAAGAACUUUUAAGAUCGACGACCUUUUCUUGGCUCUUUGUGUAUGUGUGUGUUGAAAUUUCUUGGAAGAUGGAGUCGAACGAGAAAUAUAUCGUGUGUGACGAUUUUUUGUGCUGAAGCAGCCGAAUAGAGAGAGAAACACUGGAAGUCUGACUGCAGUCAUCUGGCUUUCUUCGAGAGCUUCCGAAAUGGGUUCAAUUUUGUGGGAAUUUCGUUAAAGGAAAGAGUGUUGCCUCCUGAGAAGGUUCGGUAGAAUGAUUAAUUAAAUCUCUCUCUUGAGGAAGAACUUUUCUGCUAGUGAGAGAUCUAGUAGCUGAAAGAAAAUCCAAGUUACGUAAAUUCCGUGAACUUAACGUUGGAAUCACAGAUAUUAACACCUCCUUUACCUUUUUUUCUUAAAAAAUAUGUGAUUCUCUGUAUGUGCAAACCGUGUCUUGGAGAGCUUCGAAGACAUUAUAACGUUUCAUUAUCAAGCUUUAAUUUAAUGGCAAACUACUUCAAGAGUGUCAAAUCCACGAAGCUAUCUAUUGUUUCCUGUGUUUAAAAUCGUGAGACACUAUCCUGUGAACAAACCAAUACUUUUUUUCUUGAAAGCGGGCAUCUAUGGGUUCUUUGUUGCUUGGUUCAAAAGGGCCACCGAUAAAACGACGAGCUGGUUUGCGCAGAAAACAGGCAGGACGAAGUUCGUACAGAGGUAGUUAGGGAAUGGUAGACUGUUAACUUGGCAAGUUUGUUUUGUUUAAACCUGGGCCUGUCAUCCUUGAUAAUCAACAAAUGGGAACCAGUGCAUUGAGGCAGUUGCUGAGGAAUCUUUGCCUAAAUUCACAGUGGAAUUACGCUGUCUUUUGGAAGCUCAAACACCAGAAUCGAAUGGUUUUGACCUGGGAGGAUGGAUAUUAUGAUCAUCCAAAACUGAUAGAGCCAAUUGAAAGUAUUUCAGACAAUGUUUGCUUCAAGGAGACAGAUGGGAUCAAAUCUUUUGGAUGCGAAACAAACACAUCAAAUGGAAAUUCUGUAGGAUCUCCAAUAGAAUUGGUUGUAGCAGAUAUGUCAUGUCAACUGUACUUACUGGGAGAAGGGAUUGUUGGUAAAGUUGCAUCUACGGCAAAGCAUUGCUGGGUUUAUGCCGGUAUCGAAUCUUAUUUAGUUCCAGAGUAUCCGGAUGAGUGGUCAAUUCAGUUUGCAGCAGGAAUCAAGACUAUUUUACUUGUACCUGUUCUGCAUGGUGUCGUGCAACUUGGUUCUUUGGAAAUGGUUGAUGAAGAUCUUAUACUUGUUGCUCAUAUAAAAGAUAUGUUCAACACCCUUCAAUAUGUUGGAGGGACUUCUCUGCCUUUGAUUUCAAACAAGGACCUCCUGGCUUUUCAAUCGUCACCACUGACAUCUCUUUUCUUGGACAAAUUGGCUGAUCCAUUAGCUUUUCCAAGUAACAUGCUGAAGCCAAUCCAAUCAGAAGCCUCAAUGAAGCAGGACCCAAUUGUUUGUAAUAGUUUUCAGAUAAUAGAGAACAAACUGUCAACCACAAGUGACCAACUUAUGCUACCAUUUGUUCAAGAUAACUUUGAGGUCCUUGGAAGGGAUUUGCAGCCGACUCUUCAAAGCAUAAAGGAGAAUGAAUUUGGUGCAUUGUUGGUGGAUCCUGCUGAAGUUUCAUCAGUGCAAAAUGAGUCUAUUACUAACCAUGUGGAAAUGAUGGAAAGUCUAUUCAGCUUUCCUUGUAUUGAGGGAGAUUUGAUGGCCUCUUAUCAAUGUGAUGACCCUAACACAGGAGACCCUGAACUCAAAGUUGGUUUUUAUUCUGUUGGAGAUUUGAUGGAUCAAACAAUCAUAGAUGAGGCUAUUAAUGGGACGAACCACAUAAAUAUCAGUGGCUUCUUAAACUUUCCUGUAGACUAUGAACUACAAGAAGCACUUAGACCAGCUUUUCAGAGAGGAAGCAAUGAACAUCUAUGGGACUCAUCUGUCUCAGUCCCAGAUGCAUGUGAUAGAUUGAGCCCAAUUUGGAAUAGAGAACUCACAGGAGGAAUUGAGCAAGUAAUUGCAGAAUCCAAUGCAUGGUUUAAGAAAGGAGGUGAUGCUGAACAUCUCUUGGAUGCUGUGGUCACCAACAUAUAUGGUGCUUCAGAUGAUACUAUAUCUAACAGAUCUAACAGUUUCACACUAACUACUUCCACAGGGCAUUUCGCUGCUUCUUGCCAAACACAGAGUCAAUCUGAAGGUAAUAUAUUGGUAAGAGAUGACUCAGUUCCAUGGAAUAACAUGAGAUCCUCAUCCAUGUCAGGAGGCAAAGAAGAUGUUACUACUACUAGAACUGGGGCAUCUUUGUUGGUUAGCAUGGUGAGCACAGUGAUUGAUAGUGAUCAAACAAAAAAGGAGGUUGGUUCUAGGAGGGGCUCGAAGUUGACCCGUGUCACUAAAAGAAGGUCCAGACCUGGUGAAAAUCAGAGGCCAAGGCCAAGGGACAGACAGAUGAUUCAAGAUCGUGUUAAGGAAUUGCGAGAACUUGUCCCAAAGGGUGAAAAGUGUAGCAUUGAUUCCCUAUUAGACCAAACUGUUAAGCACAUUCUCUUCUUACGAAGCGUUACUAGUCAAUCUAACAAGUUGAGGCACUGCAUGCGCCCAAAGGUCAGCGGUUGGAAGAACAGCAAACCAUCAGGAACCCAAAAUGGCACCAACUGGACUUUUCAAAUGGGAAGCCAACUUGGAAUCUGCCCUAUAGUUGUGGAAGACCUGGACUACCCAGGACAUUUGCUCAUAGAGAUGUUAUGCGAUGAACACGGACUCUUCUUGGAGAUUGCUCAAGUUAUCAGGCAUCUAGAAUUAACUAUAUUGAAGGGCGUGCUGGAGAACCGGUCAAACAAGACUUGGGCCCAUUUUAUUGUUGAGGCCUCAAGCGGCUUCCAGAGAAUGGAUGUCUUCUGGCCCCUGAUGCAAUUAUUGCAACGAAACGCCAAUCCGAUUUCAAGCAAGUUCUGAUGGUGUCUGUCUUCGACCCGUUAUUCCCCGUUUUUUUUUUGGGUCUUUUGAAGGAGAUUUACGUCGAUCCCCACCGUGCUUUGUAUCGCUGAUUUUCAUAGCGAUCCAUACCCAUUAGAAAAGUUUAGACGAGAGAGAAUCUAGUAAUGGGCGUACUUGCUCUGUUUCUUAAGGCAUUUAGGAUUAGAUACAAGGGACUCUAUUAUAAGUUUUGUAUCAAAAUAAAGAUAUACACAAUACUUUAUCUUACAUUGUACAUCUCGGAAGCGAUUCCUUUCUCGCAACGGUGACAAAGAUGGAAGUCAUGGUCUUCUCGACCAUGAAAGAAUGAUUACAUGCA